AACAAUAAACAAACAUUGAAUUCGUAACCAGAGCAGCAGCCGUUCAGUUUUCUGAAACAUUUUAACAUUGCUUUGACUCGGCACCGGCUUCCCAACUUCACACAAAAUAUAUAUAGUAUAGCAUUUUAUAUAUUACAGCCAGCCGCAGUCAUCUCCACAGAGUGCUGCACCGGCAUUAAAUGGUAUCGCCGCGCAAGUCGGCAUUUUCGGUUCACCCAGCACGCCGGCAGUCGGCAAACAAACUGAUGGCUUCCUCGGCCAAGAGCUGCGAGAGCCUGUUCUCGGCCAGCUCCCGGGAGUCGGCCAGCCUCAUCUACCAGAGCAAGCCGAACCCACGUGUGGGCAUGAAGAACUCUAGCAACACCAGCAUGCGCCCAGUCAACAACAGUGAGAUCCACCAGCGUGUGAUGUCCGCGCGGAAUUUGCGGGUCAAGACGUUCCAGAAUCAAUUGGCCGAUGCCCACACAGAGAUUGCCAAUCUGGCGCACGAGAAUCGCAUGCUGCGCACACUUCACAAGAGGCAGACAUCGGCUUUGAACAAAUACGAGUCGAACAAUGCGGAGCUGCCGCAGCUGCUGCACUCGCAUGCGGAGGAGCUGCGCGUCUGGCAGACCAAGCAUCGCAAUCUGCAGGCCAUCAACAAGGAUCUCGAGCAGAAGCUCAAGCAGAAGGAGGCCCAAAUCCUCACGCUGAGUGACCAGAACAAGCACUACAGCCAACUCAACAAAGACAGGAACCUCGAUGAACGGCAAAAGCUGCAGGAGAAGGUGCUGUACUUGGAACAGCGCAUAGAGGAAAAGGACAAUGACAUAAAGCUGAUGGCGCGCAAGGUGCAGCUGGAGUCGAAGAACUUCCGCCAGCAGCUGCUCAAUGAGCAGAAAAAGUGCAAGGAGAUGAUGUUGAAGCUGGAAAAGUCCAAGCUGGAGAUCAGUGGCUACCGAAAGCUGGAAGAGUACACUCUCGGCACUGAUAAGGUCAAUCCCAUGUCCUCCGGACGUCGCAGCAAAUUGAGUGGAGUCGCCGGGGAGCCGGACAAGAUUGACAAGCUGGAGAAAUCGCUGGAAAUGCUGGACAUGGCCAUUGAGAAGAAUAACCACAGCGAGUACCACGCCCUCACGGAUGUCCUAGAGUCGGAAUCGCUGUACGACUUUGAGAAGGAUGACAACGAGAUUGGCCCCAAGAGUGCGCCAGUGACGCCCAACAAGGAGCAGCACACCAAGAUUCCAGGUGCACGCCCCAGAGCUGGCGUUGGGUUGUCCAAGCUGACGCUGCCGCCAGCCACCAGCCCAUCCAAGCUGGCCGCCACAACCAGCACUCGCUCCACCCUCAGCCAUCUGGUGUCAGCCCAGAGAAAGUCUCCACUGACGGGCAAUCCGUCCAACAGUCGAAUGCGAGCGGGAGCGGCCGCGGGAACCGGCGCGGGAGUGGGCGUCAAGAAUGGCAAUAUGGGAGCGGGCGGAUCGGCCCUCAAGCGUCGUGAGCAGGCUGCCAUGAUUCCCAGGUUGUCGUCCGCCGAGGUACGGCAGCAGAAGGGCAAACAGCCGGCAUUAAAGUCCCUGGAUUACGACUAUGAUGAUGAAUUUGAGCACGCUUUGGAUGAUAAUGAGGAGGAUACGGAUACCUAUGCCAUGAUGUCCAAGAUAUGUGCCGUGGACGACGAGGAUCCCGAUCAUGAUGGCGAGGAGAAUGCCAACGAGAUUAGUCUGGUGCAGUACGGCUCGUACUUGGACCCAAAAGACACGCCCGACGCCAUGCUGGACGAUAUGCUGGAAGAUGAUGAGUACGUCGAGGGCAAGACUUCACUGGGCAGCGAUGAAGAUACAAGUGCACGUGCAACGCGUGUCAAGGAGAGCAUGUCCAGCUUACGCAAACAGAUGUCGGACGACUGCAAGGACCGAGAGAGUUUCCUGAAGACCUUCUGCCGCCAGGCAUCGGGCAACAAUAUGCGCGACGAUCCACAGAUGAAGAAGCGCAACAACAUGGUCGCCAGUCGCAAGCAUGCUCUUCUCGCUAGCCUCAAGGGUAUCGAUGAUAACAAGAGCCAGGACUAGGAAAAAUACACACUAGACAUGCACGCAC